CCGUCUUUCUUUUUGACGAUCACAAUAUUGGACCAUUCAGAGGCGAGCCUUCCCUUUGUUUCUCCGAUAUAUAUAUUUUUUCAUACCUCGUUUUGCCGCUGUGAUUCGCAAACAUGGCGAUGACGAUCGAAGGCUUGCUGGACUUGCUUUUAUGUUCUCAGCCAGCAUUCUGCUACAGAUCUUGGCUUGUGCAGUGUACAACAACUGGUGGCCAAUGUUAUCAGUUACUUGUUCUUGCAGCUCUCAUGUAUGUUUUGGUGCCGAUGCCUUGUAUGUUCUUUGGAGGUGGGUCUACUCAUUUCUUAACCAGCCGCGAUGGUGGGGGCUGGAUAGAUGCUGCUAAGUUCUUAACAGGGGCAUCAGCGGUUGGGAGCUUAGCCAUUCCUAUUAUACUCAGGCAUGCAGAUUUGAUUGGGACAGGAGCUAUGUUAAUCGAAUUUACCUCCUUUUUCAUAUUUGUCUGCACUGUUUUGUGUUUUCAUCGUGCUAGCCUUGAAGAUGAUUGGUGAUGAAUCUUAAACAUGUCAAAGUGAGACUUCUGUAAGUUGCGCAUGAUUGUUGGGAUUGUUUCUAACAGAUCAAAUGUAAAAUAUAUUUAAUAGCUUAACUGGACAGGAGAAAAAAUGGCGAAUUUCACACUAUUCAAAACUAUAAUCUCUUUCAUGUAAUUUACCCAAAAAAUAUAUAUUAAUAUAUAUUUUCUCAUGUA